UUAUUUUUGUGUUUUUUGUACAAUGUGUGAAGUUUCCAACAAGGCUGCUGUAAAAAGGCAGCAUGACUGGCCUGAGAUAUUCAAAGGAGAGGAGAUCACUCUGACAUGUGAGAUCCAGGCUGGAGGAGACACUGAGUGGGAAUAUGAAUGGACCCGAGGCAACGUAAGAAGAACUGGAGAUGGGAGGAAACUCUGGGUUUUCACUGCUUCUGGUUCCAGUAGUGGAGACUACAAGUGUAGGGGUCGACAGAAAACCCACAGUUAUUCCUCAACAGCAUGGAGUGAUCCUCUACAUUUGACAGUAACAGACUUAACAGCGUCUGAACCAAAGGCUGAACUGAGAAGUAAUGAGACAGACAUCCCAGUAGGGGGCAGUGUGAUGCUGAGCUGCUCUGUGACGUCAUCAUCUGGUUGGAAAUAUUACUGGUACAGAGGAGAUAAAUCCUCUGAGGUCCUGAUUACACAACAUGGUGAAACCAGUGUCUCUCAGGAAGGACUGUACUGGUGCAGAGGAGGAAGAGGAAAACCAGUUUACUACACACAGUACAGUGACUCAGUCACUGUUGAGAAAACAGUUUCCAACAAGGCUGCUGUAAAAAGGCAGCAUGACUGGCCUGAGAUAUUCAAAGGAGAGGAGAUCACUCUGACAUGUGAGAUCCAGGAUGGAGGAGACACUGAGUGGGAAUAUGAAUGGACACAAGGCAACUUAAGAAGAACUGCAGAUGGGAGGAACCUCUGGGUUUUCACUGCUUCUGAUUCCAGUAGUGGAGACUACAAGUGUAGGGGUCGACAGAAAACCAGUUAUUCCUCAACAGCAUGGAGUGAUCCUCUACGUUUGAUAGUAACAGGAUUCUGUCCUGAAGUUCCAUCAUUUUCUGCCUCCUUUAGUGUUGGACUGGUUGUUGGAAUUUCAGUGAUUGUUUUCCUGCAGCUGCUGUUUUUGUUUGUUCGGAGGAAAAUGAAAGGUGAGACUCUGUAA